AUGGCAGCCGAAAGCCCCAAACUUCUCUGGAAUCCCGAUAAUGUCAAGGAUGUCGCAGAGUCGGUCGGCAUCGGCGCCCUCAAUGAAGAAGCCCUUAAGUGCUUGACUCAAGAUGUCGAAUACCGAAUCGGCCAGGUCAUUGUAGAGUCUCUUCGCUUCAUGCGCGCCGCCCGUCGAACGACUCUUACCGUCAAUGAUAUCUCCCUCGCGAUGAGGGCGCUUGACGUCGAACCUCUCUACGGCUACGAUUCUACGCGUCCGCUACGAUACGGCGAGGCCAGCCUUGGACCUGGUCAACCGCUAUUUUAUAUCGAGGAUGAAGAAGUCGAUUUCGAAAAGCUCAUCAAUGCGCCUUUGCCAAAGGUGCCGCGCGACAUGGGUUUCACAGCACACUGGCUCGCUAUCGAAGGCGUCCAACCCUCCAUCCCCCAAAAUCCUACGACAUCCGAAUCUCGAUCGCAAGAACUCCUCCCCAAGGGACCCGGUGCUAAUCCUGCCUUAUCCGCUUUGGCAGGUAACGAUAACGUCUCCAUGAAGCCUUCUGUUAAGCACAUUGUGAGCAAGGAGCUCAUCCUCUACUUCGACAAAAUCCAGGCUGCCGUUCUCGACGAUAACCCCGAUGAAGAGGUCGUACGCCUUCGACAGGCCGCUCUUGGCUCCGUACGGGAUGAUCCCGGGCUGCAUCAGCUUAUCCCGUACUUUAUCACAUUUAUUAUGGACCGGGUCACACAUCAUCUUGACGAUACAUUUACCCUCAAGCAGAUGAUGGAACUGACUAACGCUCUUAUCGAGAAUAAGAGUCUAUUCCUGGACCCCUACGCCAGCCCCCUUUCAGCGCCUGCGCUUACUUGUCUGAUGGCCAGGAAGUUGGGCACUGAUGAGGGGACAGACACUCUCAAGGAGCAAUAUGACCUUCGACAGCUUGCAGCAUCGUUGGUUGGACAAAUUGCGCGCAAAUACUCUGCCUCAAACACUCUUCUACGACCUAAGCUCACGCGAACGUGUCUCAAAUACUUCCUUGACCCUACAAAACCCCCUGCUGUUCUCUAUGGCGCAAUUCAUGGACUGCUUGAGGCAGGUGGCCCAGAAGCUAUCAGAGUCUUGGUUCUACGAAAUUUGAAGACUUUCGACUCCGGCAUCCUACAACCUCUCAAGGAAAAGGCAGAAGGUACAAUGGAUUAUGAGAUGCUCGUACAGGGCAUAGUCCAGGCCGUAGCUUCACUAGCAGAUCACGUCGAGUCUGACGCAAAUGGAGUUAACGGAACAGCUAGCGUGGAAACAGAGUUGUCUGAGCUGAAAGAGUUCAUCGGACCUAUCGUUGGAGACAAGAUUGUCGCAUCUGGUAACCGGAGGUUGAUUCGGACGAUUCUGGAUGCUCGGUUUUUGGAGUAG